GAUAUUUUUGUGAAGACAACACUCAAAAGAAUCGAAAUUAUGGUAUUAAGGUUUCAAGCAUCUCGCGCGUUGCUUCCACUUACCCCUUCUUCUUUCCUCAAAUUUUGCCCUUCAAUACAAUUAGGGUUCACUUCAAUUUCUUCUUCUCCGACCAAAUCGUUCACCAUCAUGGCGGCAUCCGAUCACUACACUUUUGGGCGUUACAAGAUUGAUCCCAAAGAAGUGUUCUACUGCACCACUCUCUCUUACGCCAUGGUCAACCUCCGUCCUCUUCUUCCUGGUAACGUGCUCGUCUGCCCAAAACGUGAAGUUCAGCGCUUUGCUGAUCUUACUGCUGAUGAGACUUGUGAUUUAUGGCUCGCAGCUCAGCGGGUUGGUCAAAAGCUAGAGUUGUACCAUAAAGCUUCAUCACUCACAUUCGCAAUUCAAGACGGUCCUCAGGCCGGGCAAACUGUACCCCAUGUUCACAUUCAUGUUCUCCCAAGGAAGGGUGGUGACUUUGAGAAAAAUGAUGAGAUUUAUGAUGCUCUUGAUGAGAAGGAGAAAGAAUUAAAGCAACAUCUUGAUUUGGACAAGGAGAGAAAAGAUAGAAAUAUGGAAGAGAUGGCUGAAGAGGCAGAUCAGUACAGAAAGCUUUUGUUGUAACUUCCUUUUCUUUUCUUUUUGAACAAUUGGGUUGUAGUUUUAUGACAUCAUAAAGUAUUGAAAAAUUAAUUUAUCAUAUGAAAGUCAUGGAUGGGACUAAAUUCAAGAUCGGAGUCCAUUUUCAAAAUUUUUAGAUUUGUAGUUUUGUGACAUGGAAAAUAGCCUUCGACUCGAGUCAUGUGAUGUAUAUUGUACUGCUUUUAUUAUGACAAUCCAUGGUACGUGGUCCAUGACAUUGCUCGAGUAGAGCAUAACUUUAGAACUUUAUUAUUAAUUUAUGGGUAAAUUACAAAAGUUACUUUGGAGCCUAA